GGAUGAUCAAGGAAACACGCUAUGUUUCGAGGGAGAUCGGGGGAAAUCUAAUGCUUGUAUCAUAUCCGUGAUGAGAGCACGGAAGAUGAUGAGGAAGGGAUGCCACACAUACCUUGCCUACGUGGUGGACGAUACCAAGAAGGAAGUCGACAUCAAAGAUGUACGGGUCGUAUGCAAAUAUCCGGAUGUCUUUCCCAAAGACCUACCGGGGCUUCCACCCGAUAGAGAGAUAGAGUUUGUAAUUGAAGUGGAGCCGGGAACCAAACCCAUUUCGAUUCCUCCUUAUCGAAUGGCGCCGGCCGAACUCCAAGAGUUGAAGGUCCAACUACAAGAAUUAUUGGACAACGGGUUCAUCAGACCCAGUCAUUCACCGUGGGGAGCACCCGUACUCUUCGUAAAGAAGAAAGAUGGUACGCUAAGAAUGUGUGUCGACUACCGACAGUUGAACAAGGUCACAAUCAAGAACAAGUAUCCUUUACCUAGGAUUGAUGACUUGUUUGAUCAACUUCGAGGGGCCAUAGUAUUCUCUAAGAUUGACUUGAGGUCGGGGUAUCAUCAGUUGAAGAUCAAGGAGAGUGACAUACCUAAGAGUGCAUUUCGCACUAGAUAUGGUCACUACGAGUUUCUUGUGAUGUCAUUUGGUUUAACCAAUGCACCGGCAGCAUUCAUGGACUUGAUGAACCGUGUGUUUAGUGAAUACUUAGAUCAAUUUGUGAUAGUAUUCAUUGAUGAUAUCUUAAUAUACUCCAAGAGCGAGGAGGAGCACGAACAUCAUUUGGGGCUUAUACUUGAUCGGCUAAGGGAAAAGCAACUCUUUGCCAAGUUCUCUAAAUGCGAAUUUUGGCUCAAGGAGAUUGGUUUCCUCGGUCAUGUCAUAUCCGGUUUGGGCGUUGCUGUGGAUAACGCCAAGAUAAAAGCUAUCAUGGAUUGGGAGAGACCCAAGAAUGUGAAAGAGAUACGUAGUUUCCUUGGCCUAGCGGGAUACUAUCGUAAAUUUGUUGAGAAAUUCUCCGUAUUGGCGUCCCCAUUAACGAAGCUCACAAAGAAAGGGGCCAAGUUUAUAUGGGACGACAAGUGUGAGAAAGGGUUCCUUGAACUGAAGAAACGACUUACCGAAGCACCAGUCCUAGCCCUACCCAUACAGGGGAUAGGGUAUGAUAUCUACAGUGAUGCUAGCAUCCAAGGGCUUGGAUGUGUACUGAUGCAAAACGGUAAAGUGAUUGCCUAUGCUUCAAGGCAAUUAAGAAAGCACGAGGUGAACUACCCUACCCAUGAUCUAGAAUUAGGGGCGGUAGUGUUUGCACUGAAAAUCUGGAGGCAUUAUCUCUACGGGGAGACAUGUCACAUUUUUACAGACCAUAAGAGCUUGAAGUACGUAUUCACUCAGAAAGAGUUGAAUAUGAGGCAGAGGAGAUGGAUGGAGUUGAUCAAGGACUAUGACUUGAUCAUCGACUAUCAUCCCGGAAAGGCCAAUGUCGUGGCCGACGCACUGAGCAGGAAGAAUACGACAGGGACGCUACUCACAUGUCUACAGGCAUUGAGGGCACGCAUGGAGGUGUCCACGUGUGGGGCUCUCAUUGCUCGAUUCGAGGUUAGGCCCACCCUAUUGGGCGAGAUUAGUCGAAGUCAGGCCAUGGAUGAGGAAUGUCAGAAGAUCCGUGAAAGGAUCCUUGCGGGGCCCGUUGAGAACUUCCGAGUACGUGAUGACGGUCUAUUAUUGUUUAAGGAUCGUGUAUGCAUACCAAAGAAUGAGGAACUCCAGAAGUCUAUACUUGAGGAGGCUCAUUCUUCAGCUUAUGUUAUGCAUCCAGGAGGUACUAAGAUGUACCAAGAUUUGAAGGAAAGUUACUGGUGGUCAGGUAUGAAGAGAGACAUCGCAGAGUAUGUGAGUCGAUGCCUUACUUGCCAGCGAGUUAAGGCAGAACAUCAGCACCCGGCAGGGCUUUUGCAACCACUCACCAUCCCAGAGUGGAAGUGGGAGCACGUGACCAUGGACUUCGUGGUGGGGCUACCACGAACAGUGAACAACUAUGACGCAGUAUGGGUAGUGGUUGAUAGGCUCACCAAGAGUGCACACUUUCUGCCUAUCAACAUUACUUAUCCUCUUGAAAGAUUGGCCAAGCUCUACACAGAGGAGAUUGUGAGAUUACAUGGAGUCCCAAUAUCCAUUGUCUCGGAUAGGGAUCCACGAUUCACAUCCCGAUUUUGGCCAAAGUUUCAAGCAUCGUUGGGUACUAAACUGAAGUUUAGCACAGCUUUUCACCCACAGACGGAUGGACAGUCUGAACGGGUGAUACAGAUUUUGGAAGACAUGCUUAGGGCAUGUGCGCUGGAGUUCCAAGGAAGUUGGGACAAGCAUUUGGCCCUAGUGGAGUUUGCUUAUAACAACAGUUAUCAAGCAAGUAUCGGCAUGCCUCCGUAUGAGGCAUUGUAUGGGAGGAAAUGCAGAACACCGUUGUGUUGGGACGAGGUUGGCGAGGCCAAACUCGAAGGGAUAGAGCUGGUUGAGAUCACCAAGGCCAAGGUGAGGAUCAUUCGGGAUAGACUGAAGGCCGCUCAGGACCGACAAAAGAGUUAUGCUGAUAAACGGCGGAGACCGUUGGAGUUCGAAGUCGGUGAUGAGGUCUUCCUAAGGAUUUCUCCUUGGAAGGGCAUCAUCCGAUUCGUAUCGAGGGGGAAGCUUAACCCCCGAUACAUAGGUCCGUUUGAGAUCUUUGAAAGGAUCGGGGCCGUGGCUUACCGUCUCAAGUUGACGCCUGAACUUGAGAAGAUACAUGACGUGUUUCAUGUAUCAAUGCUCAAGAAGUACAUACGAGACCCAUUUCAUAUUCUUGAGAAACCACCGGUAGAGAUCCGUGAGGACUUGCAAUAUGCGGUGGAACCAGUGAAGAUUGUUGGUCAACAAGUGAAGAAGCUUAGGAAUAAGGAGAUUCCUAUGGUAAAGGUUCUUUGGAGUAGUGAUCGAGUCGAAGAAGAAACAUGGGAGACCGAGGUCUCAAUGAGGGAGCAAUACCCAUUUCUUUUCGAUUAGAUACUUGGAUUUCGGGGACGAAAUCCCAAAUAAGGGGGGGGUGAACUUGUAACACCGUCCCCAAAUAUAUUUACCUUUAUGUAAAUAAUGUAUUGAACCUUAUUAAAGGAUCAAUGAAUUUACGAAGUUGUAAAUUUUUAUUAAUUCUUUCGCGUGAAUAGUAAAUUGCACGUGGGGCCCACACCGGGAGCGGGGGCCGCUCGACAUUCCCGAGACCACAUAUUUUAUCCGUCUUGGUCUAGAUAAUAAAUAUAUAGUGGUGGAUAUUUCAUCUGGGCCAUAGAAAGGCCCGGAGUCGACUGAUUGGUCAAAAGAAGCCCAAAUUACCGGUACUGGUAAUUCAACAGAUAACAGCCCGAACUGAAUUUCGGAGGCUUAUAAAUUAAAGUUGGGAAAUGUAUAUUCAUUAUACAUGUCAUAAUGAGUAAGAUCUCAUGAGAUAUUUUAUUUGACCCGAUAAAAUAAAAUAUAUUUAAAACAGUCCGAAAAAUACAACUUUCGGGACCGAAUGUACAUUUCGGGACAAGUUGGGAUGACCUCCCACAUGAGUGGGGGACACCCCACGUUUUUUUUGUGCUAGAAUAGACAAGGGGAGCUGGUUUUGACAAAGGAAGGUGUGGAGGAGGAGGCUUUGGCAUCAAAGUACAUAGAUGACCCCUCACCCAUCACACAUUUUGUCAUUUGAGACAAAAUAAACCACUCCCUCUCACCUCAAUCAUCCAACUCGUCCAGCCCUAUUAUUUGGAGAAGAAGAACUCUCAAAAUACUCUUUCUCCAUAGCUGAACUCGAGCUCAAGGAAGGAGGUCCAAAGAGAAGUGUUUGAAGAAGGAAAAAGGGCUAGAAAAAGGGUGAAAAUUAAGGUAAUGACCUUAUUAUAACUUUUCCUUUAUUUUUCUUCUACCAUAUAAGAUAUAUAUCAUGUGAAGGAUCCUUAAGAGGGUUCUACAUGUUAUAAGUAUAGAUUUAUGGGUUGGAGAGUGAUUCUAUGUCCAAGAACGGACUUAGAAGCCAAAACGACCGGUUCACCGGAAAAUAACCUUUUAUAGGUUAUUUGUAUUGAUUAAGGUUUUAUGAUGUUAAAACCUUGUUAGGCACUUGUAAAGGGUAUUUCAAGUGAUUUCACAAAGUUGGAAAAGUCGCCGGAAUUGUCGCCGGAGUUGACCAAAAGUCGCCGGAGUUUCACCGGAGUUCAACCAAGAAGGGUAGAACUUCAUAACGCUAGUUCAAGGUUGAAGCUAGGGCUUGCUACUUGCACCUUCUCACGGGUGGUAUCAUAUCGGGAAGACGUGUUGUCGAUAUGGAUUCCGUUGUUCUGCUUAUGGUGAAAGUUGAUGGUACUUGGGACAAUGCCUAUAACUUCAAUUGCAAUGCCACGUUUGCUAUGCAAGUCCUUUUAUCCGCUAACUACACACCUUUCAUUGAACAAUUAUCUUCCAUAUUUUCUCCUUACAAAUCAAAUAAACCCUUCAAACUAUCUUACAUUGUUGAUGGUUGUCCUCCACCUGUUUUUAUCCAUGAUGAGGAAACGUUUCGUUUUUACCUUUAUCUUAAGUCUCUUCAAACUGAUUUUCAGAAAUCUCCUAUGUGUGUGGAAUUCUUGGUUGAUCAACCUGUUGCAGAACCUGUUGUAUCUGAUCCCACAAAUUCUAUUGCACAAACUGUUGUAGCUGAAAUUCCAUGUUCAUCAAACAAAUUUUCUAGUCCUAUUCAUUCUUCCUUCAACAGUAUUGAAGAACAUCACAUGCAAGCUAACAAUGAGGUCAAUGUUACAGACACUUCCCAAAGUCAUAUGACCAAUACAGAUGUGCUGUCUUGUAGUCCUACCCCAGAAGUUAGCUCUAGUCCAUCACCUUCUCGUUCACUUUGUAAUGACACGUUUUCUGUUCAUCAUAAUCUGGAUGUCAUUACUCACUAUCACCCCACUCAGAUUGCAUUGCAUGCUAUUUACCAAUCUAAAGCAGCCCUUAUUCACCAUUUGAAGUUGUUCGCAAUAGAUAAUGUGUUCCAGUACAGGACACUAACAUCAAAGAAGAUAUGUUUACGUGUUAUCUGUCGUGAUAAAAAAUGCAAAUGGGCUGUGAGGGCUGUAAGACUAGAUGGUGUCCAAAUGUUUCAGAUACGAAGAUUUAAAUCAAAACAUACAUGCUCUAUUGAUUUUCGUCAAGGCAAACAUCGCCAAGCAACCUACCGCACUGUUGGAGAGCUUAUAUCGCAUAAAUUUUUGGAUGCAUCGAGAGAACCUUAUAAGCCAAAUGAAAUAAGAGAAGACAUGCUCCUGAAUCAUGGUAUUUCCAUUUCUUACACGCAGGCAUGGAAAGCUCAGAAAAUAGGUAUGCAGAAACAGUUUGGCUCAGAUUCUGAAUCAUACCAAAUGCUACCGUCUUUGGCGUAUGCUCUUGAAAAGGCAAAUCCGAAUUCUCUAUUUUCUCUUGAAACUUCAGAAGAUGAUACCUUUCGUUAUUUUUUCAUGUCCCUCUUACCUUGGAGGGAGGCGUGGAAGUAUUGCAGACCAGUUCUAAUUGCAGACGGGUCAUUUUUGAAGGCGUACUACAAGGGUACCCUUCUCACAGCUUGUGCUCAAGACGCAAAUGACCAAAUUGUCCCACUAGCAUUUGGUAUAUGUGAUUCAGAGUCUAAAGAGUCUUGGCUAUGGUUUUUUUCAAAAGUUCGUGAAGCAUUAACGUUCCACGAGGACAUGUACAUUGUAUCGGAUAGACAUAAGGGCUUGCUUAGUGCAGCAAAAAAGAUUUUUCCACAUGCUGGUCAUGGAUAUUGUGUUGAGCAUUUGCGUCGUAACAUGAUUUCUAAAUUCAAGGGCUCCGCGGUUGAUUUAGGUUGGAAGUUCAAAGCGGCUUAUAUGGCUUCAACUGUGAAGGAGUAUGAAGAGUACAUGACAUUGUUGGAUUAUGAAGAUAUCCGUAUACGACCUUGGCUAGAUAAUUGGCAGUCAUAAAUGGGCAAAGUGCAUGUGUGGUCCUCGUAGGUACAAUAUAAUGACAUCAAAUUCUGCGGAGUUGAUAUGCACUAAUUAGUAGUGCAUAAAUGUAUAUUUUUAUGUUUGAUUUGUGUGGAUUGUUUACCAUUUUAUUUAGUUUGUAAACAUUUGUGUGAUUAUAGUUGUAAUUGUAUUUUAGUUCUCAUUUGUAAGUUGUAAAGUAGAGUUAGGAUUUAUGGUGUUGGAAAGGAAGACUUUGAAGUGAAGAUUAUUGGCUGCCCAGGACAGUCACCCGGUCGGGUGAGGUAUUGCACCCGGUCGGGUGAGACUUGAAAUACGAAACUGCUCAGGAAAUUACAUCACCCGGUCGGGUGAGGUAUUUCACCCGGUCGGGUCAGAUUUGACCCGGGACAAAACGACGUGCUGAAACACAAGAACGUGGAAGAUUAUUUGAUUUUGACAUGCACCCGGUCGGGUGGGCACUUUACUCGGUCGGGUACCCGGCCCAAGGUGUUGAAAAACACCUAUAAAUAGCACACUUUUCCUUCACAAAUAAUCACUCCUUCUUCCAUACUCUUAAGCUCAGUUUAGAAUAGUAUUUCUUUUAUAUUUUUAUAGCAUGUUUAGUCUCCAAAUGAGGAGCUAAACUUCCAUUUCUUGGUGUUACUCUUGAAGCUUAUUGAUUAUUAAAGUUGUGAGUUAUUUUCUUGACUUCUUCCCUUGAAUAUUAAUUAUUCUCUUAAUCUAUC